AUGGCACCCAAAGGCACAUCCUUGGAUGAGAAAAAAGAGAGACUGCUGGAAGAAAUGCUCAAGAGAGGCGAAAUAUAUUCCAAUAAGACCAUCGAAACCCUUUCCAAGCCCACAGGAAUCUCCUCAAUGGUCAUUAAGAAUGUCCUCCAGGCCCUCGUGAAUGAGGACCUUGUAGACACGGACAAGAUAGGGGCCAGUACCUAUUAUUGGUGCUUUGCUUCCAAGCGCUCUCAGGCUGCACGCACAGAGCUUGCCCGUCUACAGAAGGCACUAGAGGAGCAAACCAAUUUUAUAGAUAAAGCGACGGCAAGAAUUGAGGAGCUGAAGGUUGGCCGCGAGGAGACAGAAGAACGAUCUUCGCUGCUCAAAGAAAAACUGGCACUACAGGUGAAGCUAGAGGAGCAGCGAGGCACCUUCCGCGAUCUGCUUAAGAACGAUCCAGACGUUGCACAGAAGCUACGAAAUUAUACAGAUAUUGCGAAACAGGAAGCAAAUCUAUGGACUGACAACAUUUUCUGCUUGCAAAAAUAUAUGCUGACUAAAUUGCAAAUGGACAAGAAGACUGUCUCUACCGCGCUUGGAAUUACCGGAGAAUUUGACUAUCUAGAGUAG